AUGUAUUUUAUGAGAAUUCUUAAAAACCUGAUGAUACCACGUGUAGUGAGAACACAGAGUUCCCAGAACUUUCAUGCAUGGCUUGGGAUACAAAAAGGGACAGGAGUUUUGCAAAGUCACUGGCCAAUUUACUGGAAACAUACAGUUGGACACAUGAUAUAAAUCCUACUCUUGGUGCUUAUCCAAGUGGAAUGAAAAACUGAGUUCAUAUGCUUCAUUCAUGACUGCCCCAAACUGGAAAUAACUAAGACCCAUCAACUAGGGACUGGCUAAACAAACCACAACAUGCUCAUAAAUGGGAUCCUACUCUGUAAUAAAUAAAUAAACCUCUCAGAUGAAUUGCAACGGGGUCAUAACUGAACUAAAGAAAAUGGGUUCAAAGGUUAUAUGCACACUUGGAAUCCUGCUCUUUAAAAGAAAAAAAAAAAAAAAACGGUGUUUACAGAUGGCGUCACUUGGAUCCUGAGCAUCCGCGAGUGGUUCCCAAGGUCUGACAAUGGCCAAGAACAAAUCAAAAGGGCAGAAGUCCAGGAAUGUAUUUCAUAUAGCCAGUCAGAAAAACGUCAAGGCCAAAAACAAAGCAAAACCAGUUACUACUAAUCUUAAAAAGAUAAACAUUAUGAAUGAUGAAAAAGUUAACAGAGUGAACAGAGCUUUUGUAAAUAUACAGAAGGAACUUGCAAACUUUUCAAAAAGCCUUUCUCUUAAAUCUGUGCAGAAAGAACUGGUUCCUCAGCAGCAGCACCAUGAAAAUGAAUCACUAAUGUUGAAGAAGCUACAAGGUUAAUGGCGCAAUUGUAAUAGUGAUGUAUCAAAUUCCCCCGAAAGAUCAAUAAAUUAAAUAUUUUAUACAAAAAAAAGAAAAAAAAAACUAAUGAUACAUCCAACCACCUAGAUGAACAUCCUAGAGGUUGUGUUGAACACCCAGUCCCUCAGGUUAUGUAUUGUGCUUCCCUUUACAAAACACGGGCUUCAGUGGAACUCAGAGGCUGAAUAUAUGCUUAGCGUGUGAAAGUCCUGGAUCCCCAUCCCCAGCAGAGUUCAUUUUACCCUCUCUUA